UCGCAGCCGCCGGGUGCGAGCGGUAGCCGGGCUGCCCCCCGCCGCCCCGGGCCGAUUCUUCCCUCCCCACCCUCACGUCGCGGGGCUGCCGCCGCCUCUCCGGGCCGGCACCAUGCAGACCUUCCUGAAAGGGAAGCGGGUGGGUUACUGGCUGAGCGAGAAGAAGAUCAGGAAGCUGAAUUUCCAGGCCUUCGCCGAGCUGUGCCGGAAAAGAGGAGUAGAAGUAGUACAGCUUGACCUCACCAAACCCAUUGAAGAUCAGGGUCCUUUGGAUGUGAUCAUACAUAAACUGACAGAUGUCAUCCUUGAAGCAGACCAGAAUGACAGCCAGUCACUGGAGUUGGUUCAGAGGUUCCAGGAGUAUAUUGAUGCUCAUCCAGAAACCAUUAUCCUGGACCCUCUUCCGGCUAUUCGUACACUUCUGGACCGAUCCAAGUCUUAUGAGCUAAUUCGGCAAAUAGAGGCAUACAUGCAAGAUGAGAGGAUCUGUUCACCACCCUUUAUGGAGCUGACAAGUGCCUGUGGAGAAGAUACCUUGCAGCUUAUAGAGAAGAAUGGACUGGCAUUCCCAUUCAUUUGUAAAACCAGAGUGGCCCAUGGAACCAACUCUCAUGAGAUGGCGAUCAUCUUCAACCAGGAGGGCCUGAAAGCCGUUCGCCCCCCUUGUGUCAUUCAGAGCUUCAUCAAUCACAAUGCCGUGCUGUAUAAAGUCUUUGUGGUCGGAGAAUCCUACACAGUGGUGAAAAGACCAUCUUUAAAGAACUUCUCUGCGGGAAUCUCAGACAGAGAAUCAAUAUUUUUCAACAGCCACAAUGUUUCAAAACCAGAAUCCUCAUCUGUCUUAACAGCACUGGAGAAAAUCGAAGGCGUGUUUGAGCGACCAAAUGACGACGUCAUCCGGGACAUCUCAAAGGCGCUGCGGCAAGCUCUGGGAGUUUCCCUCUUUGGAAUCGAUAUCAUCAUUAAUAAUCAGACUGGGCAGCAUGCGGUCAUUGAUAUAAAUGCAUUCCCAGGUUACGAGGGUGUUUCCGAAUUUUUCACAGAUCUCUUGAACCACAUAGCUGCUGUCCUGCAGGGUCAGGCACCUGAGGUGACCCAGCUAAACCGCAACAAGCUCCUGGCAGAGCAGACCAGCGGGAUCAUGGACGGGCGGAUAUGCUGCGCUGGCACAGGCUGUCUCAGCGUCAUGGGAAAAGACUCCUCGUGGAUUGUGGAAAGCGAGACCAACAGCUCAGUAAAACUGCAACACCAGAGACUAGGCUGCAACUCGGCAGUGUCCCCCAGCUUCCAGCAGCACUGCGUUGCUACGUUGGCAACAAAAGCUUCUUCUCAAUAACUUGCCAAUGUCGUGGACUGAGAAAAAGCCGCAGGGAUACUGAUGGUGGUCCCGGAAUUAGAUCAGGCUGUAACAAUACAAUUGUGAAAAAUUUAAAAAACAAAACAAAACAAAACAUGACAAAAAACACAAAACACAACACACAAAAAAAAAUCAAAAUUAAAGAAACCUUCCAUUUGAUUUAACCUGAUUUGCUGAUGAAAUGGACUGAAAGGGGGAGGGUGAGAAAGUGAUUCAGAUCCAUUUCAUCAGAUUCCAGUUGCAAAUCUGUAGUGAGUUUACACACACGUGGGUUUUAACACUAGUCCUUUCAUUGUGGGAGGGUUGCUCUUUCGUUUCUAUUGUUCUUUGUAAUCACUGGUGACCAGCAUUUUAAAAUCGGACCUCACGGUAUCAAAAAGAUAAUAAUGUUGAAAUGCAGAGUCUGAAUGUAACAGCGCUAGGGAUUUUUGCCUAAAACAUUCCCCAUUCCCUUUUUCCAGGUAGGCCAUUGCAAAAGAAAGCUAAGACAACUUCACUAUCACUAAACCAAAUCUGUUUGAAGCAUUGACCAGUCAAGAUGUUGACAGGCAGCUUGCUGUGGGGCUGUGGCACCUUGAGUAGGACAGAGCAGACUGGUUGUUCGGGGUGCAGAUCUGAGGUGACCACCCUGCUUCCAGCUUUGCAGUUCUUCCCCCAGGCCUCAUUGCUUCAGUCAAAACAGCCUCUAACCACACCUGCCAACAGUGACACGUGUUUGAUCCAGACAAGGUGCCGAUAGUUAGGUUGAGUGAUUUAGUAGAUUAAAUAUCAUCCUUUCAAUCGUCUGCUAGUGGUGAAAUCUAGCUCACCUCUUAGCAGAGAAUUUAAUUCUCCCUCCAUCACACUUGUGAGGACUCUAGAACAGCUCUGCAAAAAGGCUGGCAAUCAGAGCCGUGCAGAUCCUAAGGGGUAACACAGCUGCUGCUUUCCACGGGUCCGUGCUACUUCGCGUUUUGUUUUUCUUUUGCAAAUUAAAUAUAAGCAAAAUUGUGUACCUUUGUAUGAGGUAGAAGUACGCCACAGCUCUAGCUUAGAGACCACAUUGUUUUGUUGCAAGCUGCCAGAUGAGGCUCUGUGGUAAUUUACAAUAGUUCUUUAUACUAUUCGUAAAUGAUAGCACAGCCAAAUUGUAUCUCUUGGGAUAUGCAGUAAACCUACAGUGUUCACCUUCUAUUGCAUCUUCUAGCAUGGCAGCAUCUUCUGCUGUUGAGAAUUCCUGCAAAUUUUGCCAAUUCUGAACACUAAACUGGAAAUAUCCAAGUCUGUCAGCGCUGAGAAUGGAGACACUAUUUUGGUAGACAGAGUGGCCUUCCCUUCCCCAUAUAAGCCCUAAAAUGCAUUUAAUAGGGGUGGUGUUAAGAAUAUUUCCUUAGUUAAGCUCCUAGCUUGCAGAUAUUGAAAUUUCUGUCUUUCUAUAGCAGGUAUUUGUAAAGCAUCCAUCACUGCAGCAUCUAAUACCAGUUUGUUUAGUAUCAUGUGUUAGAUGUCUACUCGAAAGGAAAAGGUCUCGAGCUUAAAGCCCAGGUAGACUGUGAAGAAAGGAGUAAACUGUGUGAAAGAUGUCACCACCCUACCUGAUGCUACCAGUCCUGGAGAGGAAAAAGUUUGGGAGAGUGUUGUGUAGCAGUUCUUUUGUGUAAACAAUGUUUUUUUCCUUAGGAGAAAUUAGGGUUUUUCCCAAAACGCCAUUCUUGGGAAUUUCCUGUAGCUGGGAUUGGAUUUUUGAGGAUGAUUUAAGAAGAGAAGAUUGUUCCACCUUUAGAGAGGUUACUAACUUCAAGAUAUUUCCGUAGGGACUGGAAGGACCUUAUGGGUGUGGUAUCUGUCAAAAUCCAGGGUGCACAUAAAUACAGGCAGCUUCCUUGACUGUUGCAGGUCAGUUCUGAGCUGGGCACGCUUCACAACGCCUGUAUGCUUUGAGGCUGCUGGAUCCCACGUAGUCUGCAGCUCGCAGGUCUCGGGUGGUUGUGGUGUGAGUGAGUCAGGUGUACAUACGUAGGGGUUUCUAAAUGUAUUCACGAUAGACCAAACCUUUCGCAAAGCCAUGGCUGAAAUAAAAUUGACAUCUACAGUUUGAGGUUUGUUUUUGUUUGUUUAAAAUAAAGUGGUUUUUAUGUUACAUGCGUAACAAAAGAUACCCUCAGGAAGGAACUUGCCAGUGCAUAUUUUUGUAUGGUACUUUCUUGUAACCAGCUGGUGGAGUGUUUGUAGACUUGCCUUUUGCUCCCUUUAUUACAAUGGCUUGGGGUUUUUUUUGGUUUUGGAUUUUUUUUUUUUUUUUUCGUUUGGUUGGUUGGUUUUUUUUUUUUUUAUUGGGUGGUGGGGAAGAAGCAAUGAUGUUAAACCUGGGUUAGUAACUCAAGACCUUUCAAACUAAGUAUGUUUACAUGAAUCUGAGUGUUGGAUCCAAUGGAAAUGUCUGUAUGCUGUUUCCUAGUUAGAACAUCAAAUAAGAAUUUUAUUUUCCUGGCUGCCUUCUGAAUUUUGGUUGGCCUAUUUUGCACUGCUUUAUUUCUCCAAAAUAAACUACUGAAAUAUAAUUGUGCAUUUUAAACUUGUUUACAAAUGAUUGUUAGAAGUUUAUUUUGUAAUUCUCUGAAGGCUUGCAGAAAUACUAUAUUUAAAUAUUACUCCAGACCUUGGCAGUAACUAGAAAACAAGUUUAGGUCAUUGGCGUGAUCCGUGACAUUUUUCCCAUAGUCUGUAAUUUAUUUUUUAUUUAUCAAAUGUAUCGGUAUCACUUUUAAUUGACCGGGUGCAGAUAUGCAGGUACCUGUUGUGAUGUGGCAUUACAAUAGAGUUUUCACAUAAAUUACCAUGCAAUUGCUGUACUACUAUAUUUCCUUGCAGAAAUUACUGUUAUGGCUUGUAUGCUAGAAUGUUGCUAAAUCACAGGGGCAAAUUGGGAGACCAACUUUUAAAAGCCAAACCUGUAAAUUGUCAGCUAUCAAGACAUACAGUUACAUUAUUGAAGAACAUUCAAGCACACGUAUGUUAUUAAGCCUGUGCUAAAGUGCUUUUCUGAAUUGCUGCCUCGUUUAAUAAGGUCAGGAUAGUUUUGGUAUAAGAUAAGCUUCACAGUAAGUUAGUUAAUAUUUUCUACUCUUGUCUUUUUUUUUUUGUAAAAGUAGAGGCAUCUAAUAAUAUUGGACCAUACCAGAAUGCCGUUGCUCUUAAAAUUGCGGACAAUCUGAGGGAGAUUUUCCAUAAUGUCUGUCUGAAUUCUGUUCCUGUGGGUUAGAAAAGGUUCUGCUGUGUUUUCAGAGGCAAAGCUAUUACUGCUGUGUUGAUGGGAGCAAUUAUUACAUGGUCACCAGUUAGCUUCUUAGGGAUCUAUUUAAGUUCUGCUUCACUGUUAGAAAUCCACAAGAACACCUCUAGCUUGGCUGGAAUUUCUCCAGUUUUUGUGUCGGUGUGAUGGAGGAGAUGGGACUCGUUUCCACUGUGGUUAUGUAAUCCGCUUCAGCGGGUGAAGAUUUUUCCCUGUUGAAGAGACCUUGAGUGGCAUUAUUACUGCCUGCAGUGUGAAGCCAUCACCAUCCUCCUCCCCCUCUGGCUGACUUUGCCGGCUUAUGUUUGGGUUUGUAAUGACCGUACCAGAACAUCGCCGUCAUUACGUGAGAUCCAGCUCCAGAAAUGCAGCCUGCUGAGGAGCAUCGGUGCUGACACUUGUGGUUUGUGUGACGCAGAACUACCACAGGCCAACGCUGUUUUGCCUUUGGUUAACUGCCUGGCUGGCUAUUCGACCUUUGUGCUGUAGGAGCCGAUUGACCGGGCUGGUCGGUAAAUAGGAUGCGCUGUUUUUAUUAAUACUAUUCACGCUUGGAAUAGCAAAGCUGUUUAAAGAUCUCCAUCCUCACCGUGGGGACGUUUAUUCGGAGGAGGUCUGCAGCAGGUUGCUCAGAUGGAAAACCACCAGUUUAAUUUGUUUUCGCUAUAGAUGAUUGCAAAUUGAGAACCUGACCCUGAGGCUUCACAAGGUAACGAGAAUUGCUGAAAGUAAAGCCUCAAGUUCUCCAGAGUAACUGUGGACUGUAUCCAGCCAGGGAACAACCAGGUGGAAUAGUGGGUAGAUAACAGAGGCAGGAUACAGUCCAAAGCCUACAGUAAAUGGGGCCAGAGGUGUUUGAAUUGGCUGGCAAAAAAGAGCGAAACAAAGGAAAAGUGCUUCUGUUUCCAUCCAGUAAGACAAAUUCAGGCUUAUCAAUUCUUAGACUAACACUGGUUUCCCAAAGUCUUUGCGUGGCAGCAGUGAAAAGUGAGUCAGGCUUUUUCGCACUAUAUUGCAGCCUUGCCUUCCACAGCUGUGCAGAAAACCUUGGAUUUUGUUUUUUUUCUAGUGAAUACACUCUGAUUUGAGUUGGUAGCAGUCUCCCCAUGUGCACACUUGCAGGAGUUCACUUGCGUUACCCUGCUGAUUUUCUUUUCCUCUCUCCUUUUUAAUAAGAGAUGUAUUGAUUUCUGUAUUCAGUAUACAAUUACUUCAUGGUGUUGCAACUGUGUGUUUUGAAAUUAGGAGUAUGUGAAAAUGCUUUGUGUAGAUUAAAAUAUUUCCUUUAAUAUAAUCUCCUCUCGCUUUCUUAGAUAAACAGACACGCCAUUGCAGAUCACAUUGCUGAUUUUAUUUGUAAUACUGCUUUUAUAUCUACUUCAGAGGAGUGUAACCUCCAGAAAAGUACUUUCCACAUCUUUACGACCUUUCCUUUCUCUGUUCACUCUGUGUGGAUCCAGGCCAUCAACACUUGAGCUUUUGACCAGAUGGGUUGCAGAUCCUCCGCGGAUUCUGUCAUCUUUACAUGGCCACAGAAAUCAUUAAAGAUGGUUGAAGUUUGAAAGGAUCGAGGUAUAAAUGGAGAUGCUAGAGUGAUUCAUCAGCAGCACAAGCACAGUAGCAUCUGUAGCAAGCAAAGGGAAUUGUUCUUCCUGUGUGUGUGCAGGUGGCUGUUGUCUGGUCCCCCCUUUCUGCUGGGGCAGUUUUCCUGUGGUGAUAAAAAUCCACUCAAAGAAAAUCUGUGCUGUAGAAGGAGGGCAAGGAAAGAUAGGGCUUGGCAGUGGAAUCCUGGUCAGUGAACAUCGUGAUACCAGUGGUCCAGAAUUUCACUUUGUGGUUUUUAAUAGCAGUCUGGGGAGAUGUUUUCUUUCUCUCCACCUUUUUUACCCUGAAUCCACUGGGGCUGACACUAGCAGGUGCCUGUGGGCCACAUGAGCUCAUUAGCAGGUGACCUUGCCCAGCAUGCUGUGAGUUUGCAGAGGGCUCCUGAUGUGUUGGGAAGUUUCUGUUGAUGGCCUGGAGAUCUCUUGAAACUCCAGAAAUAGCUGAAACAGCGAAUGGAGUUCAUGAAAAUCAGGUCUUCCUCCUCCAUCCUUUUUAAGGAAACCCACAUUUUAUUUCCUCCUUUGUUCUUUACACAGUAGGUUUUAGAUAUAAAUUAUUUUAACAUUUUUUGUGUGUGUGUGAAAAGUCAUAUAUACAUAUAUAAAGUUAUUGAAAGGUUGAGUAUAUGUUGAGUAUAAAACAGUGACUUCUUUGUUUCAGAUGUUAGCAGCCCCUAAAAAUGAGUUGUUUAUCCUCUUGUAAAGUCAGUGCUGUAAAAAAAAAAUAUUAAAAAUAAAAGAUGUAUUAGUUGUAUCUUUUAUUAUUUAUUUCUGAUUCAGUAUUUGUUACAGCUUGUGUAUACCCUUGUGAGAACCACAUACUAAAAUGCAGUUGUUCUUAAAAUGGAGUAACAAUAAUUCCUUGGGAUCCCAACAAUUUUGAGAAAACUGGCCCUCCAGGUGUGAAUAGUGUUGGAUAUUCUCCUUCACUUGCCAACAGUGCUCCCCACCUGAGCACGGCUGAAUCUUGGGGACCAUUUUGUGUGUGUGUGCCAGGUUUUGCAAGUUCAUUGAUACCUGUGUUCAGAUCCAGCUGUACAGUGUUAACAAGUGUGUCUUGUGAUUCACUUCAGCCCAGUUCACUAUGAUUUCAGAAACAUAAUUCCCAUUUUGUACUUAAAUUUGUAUAGAAUUAUAUAAACCCGUAAAAGAUCAUGGCUUACUGUACAAACCAAAAAUACUUGCUCUUUGGCGUCUUCAAUUGCAUGACUGAUCAGAUCUGACAGUGAAGAUGGUGCACUGAUUUCAAUGGUAACACAUUCAUUUUCAUUUGCCAAGCACCUGUUUUGGACAAUGUUUUGGUUUCAGCAGUAAAGCAAUAUGCAGUAAGUAUUGUGGCAUUAUCUCUGUAAUUGUUUUGAAGACAGAAUUGUCCCUUUCCAACACUUACUGAAAAUAAAUGCCUUAUAACAA